GACUGUCUGUAAAUCGCUCGGAAAAAUGGCAGAAACCGCUCCAGCCCCGGCUGCUGCCGCUCCGCCGGCCAAAGCGCCCAAGAAGAAGUCCGCUGCUAAAGCCAAGAAAGCAGGUCCAGGCGUCGGUGAGCUGAUCGUCAAAGCCGUGUCCGCGUCCAAGGAGAGGAGCGGCGUGUCCCUCGCCGCGCUGAAGAAAGCUCUCGCCGCCGGCGGCUACGACGUGGAGAAGAAGAACUCCCGCGUCAAGCUCGCCAUCAAGAGCCUGGUGACUAAAGGCACCCUGGUGCAGGUCAAAGGGACCGGCGCCUCCGGCUCCUUCAAGCUCAGCAAGACCGAGACCAAGAAGAAACCGGCCAAGAAAGCGGCUCCUAAAGCCAAGAAGCCCGCGGCCAAGAAACCCGCUGCUGCCAAGAAGCCAAAGAGCGCAGCGGCAAAGAAGCCCGCCGCUAAGAAAUCGCCCAAGAAGGCCAAGAAACCCGCCGCUGCAGCCGCUAAGAAGGCGACGAAGAGCCCCAAGAAGGCAAAGAAGCCGGCAGCGCCCAAGAAAGCAGCCAAGAGCCCCAAAAAAGCCAAGACUACCAAACCCAAGGCGGCCAAGCCUAAAGCUGCAAAGCCUAAAGCUGCAAAGCCUAAAGCAGCAAAACCCAAAAAGGCAGCUCCCAAGAAGAAGUAAACAUUUACGGUUUUAUUCCCCAACGGCUCUUUUCAGAGCCACCCACAAACUCUAGAAAAAGAGCAAAAGUGCAGUUUGAUUUUGCAGUUUGAAGUAAAUUAUUGUGAGUAUUAUACACUCACUGUUUUGUUGACAGAAUGAAGGAAAGCCACAAAGUUAUUCACGUUUAUUAAUAUGAGCAGCUUAAUGGAUCAUCGAUCUAAAUUUAAAUAGGUUAAAAUCAAUAUUUACUAAUGCUUUUUGCACUGACAUUUAAAAAAAAUAAAAAAAUCUCUUUCAACCCUCCAUCACAAUUUCUUUGUUGUGUGUUUAGUCUAAAAUGCAGCACAAUCCGAAUGCAGGCUAUGGAGGUGUGGCUUUGGCGGUGGGUGUUGGAG